AUGGACGGCUUCGAGGCCCAAUGGGACGAGCUCAUGUCCAUCGCCGGCCGCGUGCUCGCGUCGGGGCGCCGCAGCGUGGCCGUGGCCGCGGCGCAGCUGCUGACAAGCGUGCUGCAGUCCUACAAGCACCCCCACCCCGGCAGCUACCCCUGGAAGCGCGCCUUCGCCGCCGUCGACGCCGGCGUCGCGGCCAUGGCCGUCCCCAACAGCCGCGCGCCGCUGCAGGCGCGGAGCGAACUGCUGUCGGGCCUGGUGGCCGUCUACCAGGCCCAGAAGGACGCGUUCGACCUGGAAGACCUGCAGGCAUUGCUCAGGUGGCUGGACGCGUUCAUCAGAUACCCCCUUGGCGGCGAUGACGUCACCCCGGUCCCUGGCGUCCUGCCGGCAGUUCAGAAAGCCGCGCUUGCGGCGCUCUCGCAGGUGGCAAGCGGGCCGGUCGCGCCGGCCGCCGCGUGGCCGGAUGUGCUGCGCGCGCUCGCCGGGCUGCUCUGCCCGUUCCGGGCGGCGCAGCAGCGCAAGGCGGACGCCGAGGCGGCCGCGGCAGCUGCGGCGGCGGCGGGCGAGGGCGGCGGCGGCAGCAUAGGCGGCGUGAGCAUGGGACGACACGGCGCAGCGGCUGCCGCUGCGGCGGCGCCGCCGUUGCCGCCGCACAGGUCGACACCGGGCGUGUCGCCGUCGUCGUCGCCGCCGCCGCUGGGGGCCGGCAGGGCAGCGGGGCUCGCGUCGUUUGGGCCGGGGCGGGCCGCGCUGCUGAGCCCGCGGGCGCUGGGCAGGGUCGGCAGCCGCUCGGCCGCCGCCCGCGAGGCCGCCGCGCAAAGCGACGCGCGCAUGCUGACGCCGCUGCUGAUGGCGCGGGUGGUGCAGCUCCUGGUGCCCCUCUACGCCGACAAGGCCCCGUGGAAGGUGCGUGCUGCGCUGUUUGGCCCCGUGGCAGGCGCCCUGGGCGAGUGCAUGGCCAUGGCUCACACCACCGUCUGCGCUGCCGCCGUCGCCGCUGCGGCGCGCGAGGCGGCCGCGGCGGGCAGCGGCAGCGGGGGUGGCGACAGCGCGCCGCUAGCGGCGGCCACCGCAGCUGCGACGGCGGCGGCGGGGGACGAGACGCAGUGGCCCGGCUGUGAUGAGGUUGGGGUGAGCGGCUGCGUUGAGCUUUGGCGCCAAUCUGCGGCCGGCUUCAGCUCGGUGGUCAAAGCGGGGCUGCCGGCGGUCAACAUCGUGUUUGUGAACCAGCACCAGGCGCCUGCAGAGGACACCUGGCAGCUGCUGGCGGCAGCCUUUGAGAUGUUCCUGCUUGGCGUCGGCCUGCCGCCCCAUCUGGAGCUGCCGCCGCAGGCGCCGCGGCCACGGCGGCGGCGGCGCGUCGGGGCGCGCGCGUCCGAAGGCGGCGCGGCGGAACAGGAGCAGGAGCGGCAGGCGGCGGGCGAGGAGGCGGCCUCCGGGGACGAGGGGGCGAGCGAGGCGGGGGGGUGGACGGCGAUCUGCGCCGCAGACGACCAGCAACACCCAGGGGACGGCGAGGCGCGCCGCCGGCAGCUGCGCGGCAGCAGCAGCAACAGCGGCUCCAAGCCGCCCGCAUCCCAAGGCUCUGCCGCAGGCCAGCGGCGGCGCGGCGGCGGCGGCGGCAGCAGCUUGUCCGACCCCGGGGACGGCGGCGGCGUGCAGCAGCAGCUGGCGCCGCAGGGCGCGGACCUGCGGUGCGUCGUGCUGGACACCCUGACCGAUAAUGUCCUGUCUGCCUGCGGCAGCGCCCCCCACGAGACGCGCCAGCGACUCGUAGGCGUCGUCGCCGCCGGCGCGAGCGACGCAGAUGCAGCGGCGGGGCCGGCGCCGUUUGGCCACCUGUGCCUGCGGCGGCUCGGGGAGCUGUGCGCGCGCGGCAGCGGCGCGAGGGGCGCGGACGCGUGCCUGCUGGAGGUCGCCCGGCUCGCGCUGCCGCCGCUGCUGGACCGCUGCGAAGCGGUGCUCAACGCGGCUUGCAGCAGCUGCAGCACCGGCGGCGGCGGCAGCAGCAGCGGCUGCGGCGUGCAUGUGAGUGCGGGCGGGGCCGCGCCGACGGCCGAGGCUGCACCGCGAGGGGCGCCGUCCGAAGACGAUCUGGAGGACGCGAUCUGCGCCUUGGACGUGCUGCUGGGGACGUGGCUCGAGGCGGCGGUGCUGGAGGCGGCCGGGGAGUCGCGGCCGCAGCUGGCGGCGUGGCUGAUGUGGCAGGAGUGGCAGCAGCAGCUGGGCCCUUUGGUUCCGCACCACCACGCCUUGCACGGCGGCGGCGACCGUGGCGGCGGCGGCGGCGGCGGGACGCCGGGGGCAGGCGCGACAAGCAGCAGCUUCCUGCCUGGCGGCAGCGGCAGCUUCCUGUCGAGCGGCAGCGGCGGGGCCGGCGCCGGCGGCGCCUUUCUGGGCGCCCCGGGGCCCGGCGGGGCCGGCGGCGCCGCGCACGCGGCCCCACGCGCGAGCAGCGGCGGCGCGCACGGCGCGGAGCGCACGCGCGGGCACCUGCUGGCGCUGUACGGGCCGCUCGCGCGGUGCAUCGGCUGCGGCGAAGCGCGCGUGCGGGAGCGGGUGCAGGCCGCUAUGCUUGCGGUGGGAGACGAGCUCGGGCUCGCCCCCAUCCAUGCAUUGGCUGUCACCAUCCCGCAAGGUCGGCUUGUUGGGUGA